UUGGGUUGCAGAUCUGAAAGAAACACGUGUAAUUUGCUCUCAUCUGCGGCAACGAUGCUUUUCCACGGUCUGCCUGGAGGCGACAUGCAUGGUGUUAUGGAAGAAAUGGAGCGGAGAGGAAAGAGCGAUUCAGCGACUAUCAGCUCGGCCAUAGAUAUGGGGGAAACAGAGACGAAUAUGCCCUCGAUCAGCGGCGACCGCGUGGCCCUGUGCGCGGGCUGCGGUGGAAAGAUCUCCGACCGCUAUUACCUGCUUGCGGUGGACAAGCAAUGGCACAUGCGCUGCCUGAAGUGCUGCGAAUGUAAACUUAACCUAGAAUCCGAGCUCACCUGCUUCAGCAAGGACGGUAGCAUUUAUUGCAAAGAGGAUUAUUACAGAAGGUUCUCGGUCCAGAGAUGUGCCCGGUGCCACCUCGGGAUCUCGGCCUCGGAAAUGGUCAUGCGGGCCAGGGAUUUGGUCUACCACUUGAACUGUUUCACCUGCACGACUUGCAACAAAAUGCUGACAACUGGGGACCACUUCGGUAUGAAAGACAGUCUGGUGUACUGUCGACUACACUUUGAAACGCUCAUCCAGGGGGACUAUCCAGCACAUUUCAAUCAUGCGGAUGUAGCGUCUAACAAAGGACUGGGCACUACUGGCCCUCUAGGACUGUCUUACUACAACGGCGUAAGCACCGUGCAGAAAGGGCGGCCCAGGAAAAGGAAAAGCCCGGGGCCUGGAGCAGACUUGGCAGCAUAUAAUGCAGCACUGAGCUGCAAUGAAAAUGAUGGAGAUCCUAUGGACAGAGACUCGCAGUAUAGCUCCAGCCAGAAAACCAAGCGAAUGAGAACUUCUUUCAAACACCACCAGCUGAGGACCAUGAAGUCAUACUUUGCCAUUAACCACAACCCAGAUGCCAAGGAUCUGAAGCAGCUCGCCCAGAAAACAGGCCUGACAAAGCGGGUACUACAGGUCUGGUUCCAGAACGCUCGGGCCAAGUUCCGACGGAAUCUUUUGCGUCAGGAGAACACAGGUGUCGACAAGGGGUCUGACGGUUCUGCCCUGCAAGGUGGGACCCCCUCAGGGCCCGCCUCUGAAAUCUCCAACACCUCCAUGAGUCCCUCCAGCACGCCCACCACCUUGACGGACCUGACCAACCCCACUAUGCCUACCGUCACCUCCGUGCUGACCUCUGUGCCUGGUGGUCUGGACGUGCACGAGUGUCGGAGUCCUUCACAAACCACUCUCACCAGUCUCUUCUGA